GGCUGGGACAGCCAAGCCGCUACCCGGGCAGGAUCCUCGAUGGCGCCGCCCCCGGCCCCACUGCUGGUUCCGAUGCCUGGGGAGAUCUGGCCUGGUUUCAGGAAGCCUGAGCUUGUGAGCUUCGCGGACGUGGCCGUGUACUUCUCCCCGCAGGAGUGGGGGUGUCUGCGGCCCGCGCAGAGAGCCCUGUACCGGGAGGUGAUGCGCGAGACCUACAGCCUCCUGGGCGCGCUCGGGUUCCCGGGCCCCAAACCAGCCCUCAUCUCUUGGAUGGAACAGGAGAGUGAGGCUUGGAGCCCCGCCGCCCAGGAUCCUGAGGAGGGGGAGAGCCUGGGAGGAGCUCCGAGAGCUGCCCCUGGAGUCAGAGGCCUGAGAUUCCCCGGUGCUGAAGUCGCAAUGGUUGUGAGCUGCCCCAUGUGGGUUUGGGGAAGUGAACUCGGGUCCUUUGGAAGGAUGGCAGGAGACACUCCAAAUGAGUCAGAGAGGGGCUGUAAGGAAGGAGGUGAGGGGCCAGCGGAGAGUUCAGCUCGGUUGCAGCCUAAAGAGGUGGUUGAACAUAAGACUUAUUCCAUGGCUACCAAGUCCUCUGCAGGGGCCCAGCCACCUACCAGAGCUGCCCCAGACCAGACAGCAGCUGUGCAGCUUCCUGUCCAGGUACCGAACACCGAUGCUCAGGCCAGCCAGCGACGACAUGUGUGUGUGGACUGUGGACGCCGGUUUACCUACCCAUCUUUGCUGGUCAGCCACCGGCGCAUGCACUCUGGUGAGCGACCCUUCCCCUGCCCAGAGUGUGGUGUACGCUUCAAGAGGAAGUUUGCAGUGAAAGCACACCAGUGGAUCCACCGCUCCUGCUCAGGGGGUCGCCGUGGCCGAAGGCCUGGGAUCCGAGCUGUGCCUGGAGCCCCAGUCCGAGGUGACCGGGAUCCUCCGGUGCUCUUUCGGCACUAUCCAGACAUCUUUGAAGAGUGUGGGUGAGCUGAACAGCAGCCUCCGUCUGGAGGUCUGGAGCCUGGAGCAGAGCAUGGACUUGGCACUAAGAGACAACUGAGUCAAGACCUCUUAAGGAUCUCUUGUAAACUUGUAAAAAGAAACGUGCCUGUAAAGAUUCAUACAGAUUAAACCUGACACCUGCUCCCCUC